AUGAUUUCUUCUGUGAGAAAGAGAGUUCACUGUUUUGAGCGGGAAGAGAUUGACAGCACACCAUGGGGUUGUUCCACUCUUCUGAAAAUCUACGACGACCCGUGGAAGAUCAAGAAGGUUCUCACGGCCACCGACGUCCUCCGCCACCAUAACAGGCUCCUGCUAGCCUCCGACAUGGUUCAGAAUCUGGUGUGCACCGUCCUGACCGACGAAGAAAGCUUCAAACUAGAUGCCGGAGACGGAGCUGAGAUCAAGCUCUGGGACGUGGAUACCAUGUCGCUGCACUGUCUGGUUCUCAAGAAAUGGGCCUCUUCUGGGAGCUUUGUUCUGAUUGGGAAGUGGAACGAAGAUUUCUUGAAGAGGAGGAAUCUCAAGAAAGGAGAUGAGAUUGGGCUUCAAUGGGACAAGUUCAAUCAUCGCUUCAACAUCUCUGUUCUUCACCGAGCCAUGCCUUGA